GGGGCGCUGUGCUCACGGCCCCGCGCCGCCGCCCCGCCCUCGCCCCGCCCCUUCCGCCUCUUCCGCAGCCGCCAUCUCCGCGUCGCCGUGCCGCGCAGCGCUAUGUCGUCUCACAAGACCUUCAAGAUCAAACGCUUCCUCGCCAAGAAGCAGAAGCAGAACCGGCCCAUUCCGCAAUGGAUUCGCAUGAAAACGGGCAAUAAGAUCAGGUACAACUCCAAAAGGAGACACUGGAGAAGGACCAAACUGGGCUUGUAAGAGGGACUGUCUCCUGGGAGCUCUAAUAACACUUGUCUUUCUGCAUCAGAUUGAUACACCCCAAACGCUGAUCAACAACCCUCAAGUCAUUCCUUCUGUAGUGCUGGACUGCAGUGCUCAGUUCUUGUUCCAUGAGCCAAUCCAGGCUCAUGAUAUUAACAGGAAUCUCAAAGCAUUUGGUAUCUGAAACAUGAAGACUGUGUUCUAUUAGUGUUCUUUCUUUCAGGCAUCAUAAGUAUUAACAGUGUACGGGCUUGUUAAUAAAUAUGGACCUGAAUGAA